UUUGAAUUUUGUUUGCAAUGUGUCCUUACGUGCUCGUCGUUCAAUAUUUAUGUUAACGAAUUUGUUAAGGACCUUACUUGUUUCGAACUGUGUUACUCAAAAUUAAUGCUCAAUAAGUGGUAUUUAAUAAGUAAUACGUAAAAAUGCCUCCAAUAAAGGGAAAAAUGUUAAGUUAUUCUGAAGAAGAUAUGAUGAAAGCAUAUAGUGAUGUAAAAUCAGGAAUGUCAAUAUCCGCAGCAUCAAAAAAAUACAGUAUUCCUUAUAGCACUCUCUCAUAUAAAGUUAAUGGCAAAACACCUCUUGAACGCCGUAUGGGUCCAGUAUCUUAUUUAUCUGCAGAACAAGAAGAUAUCAUUGUUUUAUGGAUAUUAGAAAUGGCUAAAGCUGGAUUUCCCGUUACUGUGCAGCAGUUACAAGAUAGUGUAUGUAAGUUAGUGACUGAAUUAAAUAUCGAAACUCCAUUUAAAAAUAACAGGCCUGGAAGACACUGGUAUGAAUCAUUUAAAAAAAGACACCCAGAGAUUCGUCUAAGAACAUCCCAAAAUUUAACAGAACCUAGAGCUGCUGUUACUUAUGAAGCAUUAAGGAAAUGGUUUGCAGAAAUUUCAGAGUUUUUUAAAGAAAAAAAUUUAGAAGCUGUAAUUAAAAACCCAAAGAGGGUGUUUAAUUGCGACGAAACAGCUUUCUUUCUUAAUCCGAAGGGCAAUAAAGUACUAGCAGGAAGAGGCAAUAAGACAGUAUAUCAGAAAGUUAAUGCUGAUGAAAAAGAGUGUCUUACGGUACUUUUGACCGGAAAUGCAGCUGGUGAUGUGCCACCUCCUAUGAUUGUAUAUCAAUAUGCGAGAAUUCCUAGAGAUUUAGCUCUUAGUGUACCAAAAAAUUGGGGUGUUGGGCGUUCAGAGAAUGGCUGGAUGACAGGUGAAACGUUUUUUGAGUUUAUAUCAAAUAUUUUCAAUCCAUGGCUUAACGAGAACAAUAUCGAAAAACCAGCAAUAUUAUUCAUUGAUGGACACACUUCACAUUUGACACUUCAAACUAGCAAGUUUUGCUCUGAAAAUGGUAUUAUUCUCGUGGCAUUGUACCCUAAUGCCACACAUUUAAUACAGCCCAUGGACGUUUCUGUAUUUCGUACCUUAAAAUCAGCUUGGAAAACUGGUGUCCAAAAUUGGCGAUUACAAAACAUAGACAGUCCUAGACUUAGAAAAGUACACUUUGCCCCUCUCCUAGAACAAGUCUUGGAGAACACAUUAAAAAAAUCGCUCUUCGAAAAUGGCUUUCGUAAAUGUGGAUUAUGUCCGUGGAAUUUAGAGGCAGUACUUCAGCCUACUUCGAAAAAUAAUAAUACCUUAAAAGAAGACCAAAAGAAAUCUCUUAAAGAAUUGAGAGAGGGGCUUGUUUUCAUUGAAAAACAUAUUGGACAGGAUAAAUUAAAAGUUUUCCAAAAUACGGAAAAAUGGACAGAAGAUGUCCAGGAUCAAUCACUUUUUCAAUUUUGGAAAGAUAUCAAGAAUAAACAUGAUAAACUUGUGCAAACAAUGUCUUCAAAUAAUGACGAAAUAGUGAUUCUUCCUGAUGAACAUGAAAAUUUAACUGAUGACAACAAUAAAGAAAAUUCCAUUAUUUCAGGGCUAACUUUAGAAGUUUUAGGGGAUUCAGAACGUAUAUUAACACCUUCCAUUGAAACUCGCAACUUUUUGAAUGCAUCCGAAGUAUCUGAGGUUUUUAAUAAUUUAAAUGUACCGGCCAAAUUAACACCAACCACAAUUAUUUGUGACAAAGAAAAAGAUCAUAUAACUGAAAUACUUGUUAAUCCACAGUCACCUGGCCUUAAGUCUCCUGUCAUCCAGUCGCCUCUUUCUUUAAAUCCUACGCAGCCAACAUCAUCAAGUAGCACAGCAAAACCCAUUAUUCCUACACCAUUUAAAAAUUCUUUAUUUUGGCCAAAGGAAAAGGAAAACAACAAAAAGAAGAGGAAUACUGAGAAAGUACCCGCAGUAGUAACAUCAGAAAAGUGGCAAGAGUACCAUGAAAAUAAAGAGAGAAAAAAGCUUGAACAACUUGAACAGAAACAGAAAAGAGCUGAAGAAAGAAAAAGGAAAAAACAAGAAAAAGAAGAAGCUAUCAAAAACAAAAAAAAUAAAGGCUGUAAAAAAAAGACUAAAACAAAUGUAUCAGCUUCUUUAAAAAAAGUCACAAAAUCAUUGUUUGCAUCAAGUAGCGAAUCUGAAUGUGGUACAUGGAAGCCUUCUGGUGGUAGUACAGAUGAUCUCAAUAGCGAUGAUCAUGAUACUGAAUUUAAUAUUUUUUAAGUAUUUUUUUUUAAUUGCUUAGGUCUUUAUUUAGAUGUUUGAUUGUACUUAUUUUUGUUGAUUUUAUCUAAGUGAUUUAAGAAGUUUUGUAAAAUUAUGUUGUAUUGUUUUGUUUAAAGUUUAUUGUAUGUUUUUUCUAAGAAGUACUCUUGUCAAUUACUGGGUCACUAGCUUGAAAAAGUCAUAGUCAAUUACUAGGGCUUUUGAAAAUUUGCCCAUCAACAACUGGUACAUUUUUAAUCUUCUCGAAAAAAAUCUAUAUUAAAAUCAACAACAGUGAUUUUCUUUUAUUAAGUUCAACCUAAGAUAAAUAAAAGGUUGGUUAAUAUUUGUUACUUACUUAAAAAAUUCUAACUAAAAU